AUGCUUCUUUUACUCUUGUUUCCCACCCCCAACAGUUUGACUUUGGCUCUCUUGUCAAUUCUCACAUUUUUUUCUUUCUCUAUCUUGUAUCUUCUCAUAUUUUUCUGUCCAUCUCCUGUCUCUUUUCACUUUUUCCUCUUCUUUCUCUUUUCACUUUUUCCUCUUCUUUCUCUUUUCACUUUUUCCUCUUCUUUCUCUUCUCACUUUUUCCUCUCCUUUCUCUUCUCACUUUUUCCUCUUCUUUCUCUUCUCACUUUUUCCUCUCACUUGUCAUUUCUCAUUUCUGUUUUUGUCUCUCCUGUCUCUUCUCAUUUUUUUUCUUUUAUCGCCACGCUUUUCUCUUUGUCUUGCCUACCUCUUCUCACUUAUCUCUUUUUCUCUCUCCAUUUCUUUCACUCUCAGUCCUUUUCUCGCUUUAACUUUCUUAUUCCUGGCUUUCUCCCUUCUUUGUCACUUUCUUCUCUUUCUCUCUUCUUUGUCACUUUCUUCUCUUUCUCUCUUCUUUGUCACUUUCUUGUCUUUCUCUCUUCUUUUUCCCCUUUCUUCUCUUCUUUUUCCCCUUUCUUCUCUUCUUUUUCCCCUUUUUUCUCUCUUCUUUUUCCCCUUUUUUCUCUUCUUUUUCCCCUUUUUCUCUCUUCUUUUUCCCCUUUUUCUCUCUUCUUUUUCCCCUUUUUCUCUUUUCUUUUUUUCUCUUUCUUUUUCCCCUUUUUUCUCUUCUUUUUCCCCUUUUUUUCUUUCUUUUUCCCCUUUUUUCUUUCUUUUCCCCCUUUUUUCUCUUUCUUUUCCCCCUUUUUUCUCUUUCUUUUCCCCCUUUUUUCUCUUUCUUUUUCCCCUUUUUUCUCUUCAUUUUUACUUUUUUUAUCUCUUGGUCAUAUUCUUCCUCACCUUUUCGACUUUUUCUUUCACUCUCUUCUCUUCAUUUUUCUCUCCUCUCUAUUUCUUCAUUUUCACACCUUUUUUCUUUCUCAAUUCUAUUUUCUUCUCUCUGUUUUCUGCUAUGAUUUCUUUCUUCUUUUCUUUUUACUUUCAUCCCCUUUUUCUUUUAUCCUUUCUUCUUUUUUUUUUUUUUUCUCCUUUUUUUCCCUGACCUAA